AUGGCAUCAAAAUCAGUGUGCUUUGUGCUUGUGACUGUGCUGCUAGCAUACUACAUUUAUAAGCCUCUGCCAGACAAUGUGGAAGAGAAAUUCAAAGUGAUGUUGUUAGAUGCAACUUUUAGAACUCUAGGACAUGCGGGUUUAUUUAGCUGAGCUGCUUGGGAUGAAACACUACAUGGAUGUCAUGAUGCUUUUAACGAAGGUGGAACAUACAGAAGCUAUUUCAGAUGAAUAUGUUACUGUCACAGACACAUCAUUCAACAAUGUUCCUGUGAGAUUAUAUGUGCCUAAACGACAAUCAGAAGCACUAAGAAGAGCUGUUAUCUACAUUCAUGGUGGUGGAUGGUGUUUAGGAAGUGCAACCAUGAAGCCGUAUGAUAUUGUGUCAAGGCAAACAGCACAGCAGCUCAACGCGAUGGUAGUGUCAAUCAACUACCGACUGGCUCCCAAGUAUCACUUUCCAACACAGUUUGAUGAUGUGUAUGCUGUAGUGAAGUUCUUCCUACAGCACAGUAUCCUUGAAAAAUAUUCAGUCGACGCAAGUCGGAUAGCUGUGUCUGGCGACAGUGCAGGGGGAAACUUAGCUGCAGCAGUAACCCAAGAGCUGUUACAUGACCCUGAAGUCAAAGUGAAACUGAAGAUUCAAGCAUUAAUCUACCCAGUUCUGCAGAGCCUUGAUCUAAACACACCAUCUUACCGAGAAAAUGGCAACAUGCCUAUACUGUCCAGGACACUCAUGGUGCGUUUUUGGAGUGAAUAUUUUACCACUGAUCGAAAAUUAUUUGAAGCCAUGCUCUCUAACAGACAUAUACCAUCUCAAGAAGCUCAUUUAUUUAAGUUUGUAAACUGGAGUGCUUUAUUGCCUGAUAGCCUGAAAAAAAACCACAUUUACCACAAGCCUCAAUAUGGAGACUCAAGUUUUAUAAAACAAUACCCAGCAAUUUUGGAUACAAGAACAUCUCCAUUGUUAUCAGAAGAUGACAAAUUAAAAGGUUUGCCAUUAACAUACGUCAUUACAUGCAUGUAUGAUGUCUUAAGGGACGAUGGCUUUAUGUACGUAUCAAGACUACGGCAAGCUGGGGUUCAAGUAACACACCACCACUAUGAUAGCACCUUCCAUGGUAUUCUUUUAUUAAAUACAUUGCCCUUUGAUUUGGAUAUAGCCCACCACAUAGUAGAGGAAUACUUAGGCUGGCUUGGUAACAAUCUGUGA